AUGGAAUUUGACCUAAGCAAACUCACCAUCACCUAUGAUGGGAAGAAACUCCAGACUGAGAAACAACUCCGGUGGAUUCACAAAAAAUUAGAGCAAAGAAAGAAUCGGGAACUUCUCAAGAAACGGAUUCGGAAGAAUCGAAAGAGGAAACCGAUUGUCACACCACCGUUCACAGUCUCAAAGUCAGUACCCAAAGGGAUUCUGAAAUCGUUCAUCUAUGAACCGAAAGAGAAUCAUCCAGAUCUGUAUAUAUUCUUUGAUAGUAUCAACAUCCCACUGAGAACAUUGAUACAGAAAGAACUGGAAAAUCUCAAGGGUGUGAAAGUCAGUCUGACAUUACAAGUAGAAAUGGAGAAAGGAGAUGACACAACAACCACAGACACACCAUACUUCAGGAGUGGAACAAUGACAGUCACAGCAUCUCAUGAGAUUGAUGACGGUAUUCGAACGGCACACUCACAAAUUCAUAGAAAUAUCGAUAAGUGGAUACAGAAUGGAUCAAACUGGCACAUCAAUCAUAUCGUCGGAUUCUCCGUUGAUGUAGCAGCAUAUCAGCCAAUGAGAGGUAAAUCCUACAUUGAUUUACCGAACGAGCUCAAGAAAAAGAAGGCAAUCAUCAAUGUCAAGAAUAAGGAUGAUAAAUGUCUGAUGUGGGCACUGCUCUCAGCUCUGUAUCCAGCAAAGAAAAAUAGUGACAGGGUAACUCAGUAUACAGACUAUAGCAACAAACUUGAUCUGUUCGGAAUCGAUUUUCCAACACCACUGAGUCAAAUUUCCAAAGUCGAGAAGCAAAACAGCCUAGCUAUCAAUGUUUUUGGGUAUGAGGAUAACGUGAUCUAUCCACUACUGCUGACAAAGAAAAGAGGUGAGAAAGUGAUCAAUCUUCUACUAUACCAAAAAGAAGAUCAGAAUCACUACUGUUGGAUCAAAGAUUUCAGCAGAUUGUGCUACGAUCAGUCAAAGCAUCAAGCCAGGAAAUUCUUCUGUACAAGAUGUCUCCAACCACACAACACAGAGAAAUCCCUGAGCAAUCAUCAGGAGUAUUGUGAUAAUGUCACUGGAUUAUCAGCACACAUGGUACUACCAGAACCGGACGAAGAUGGGAAUCAACCAACACUGAAGUUCAUUAAUCAUCACAAAAUGCUACAAUGUCCCUAUGUAAUCUAUGCUGACACUGAGGCACUGAUCAAGAAAAUUGAUGGAGUGAAAAGCCAACAAACCAGCCGGGAUUCACAACAUGUUCCUUGUGGUUUUGGUUACGUCGUGGUGCAUUCUGACGGAGUGAUGACAAGUCAGUGUUUCUACCGGGGUGUUGAUGCCAUGGAUGUAUUCUUUGAUAAACUCAAAGCUGAGGAGAAGAAAAUCCAAUCAGCACUCAAUAAUCCAGCACCGAUGGAUCUCACUAAGGAACAAGAAGAAUUGUUCAGAGAGACAGAAGACUGUUGGAUUUGUAAAAAGAAACUUGGUGAGGACAGAGUCCGUGAUCACGACCAUAUCACUGGUGAUUUCCGCGGUGCCGCACACAACGACUGUAACAUCAAACUCAGAAUUUAUCCAUACAAGCAGCACAUCCCUGUGGUUUUUCACAACCUGAAAGGCUAUGACAGUCAUCAUCUCAUCGGAGCAAUCGGCAAGACAGAUGUUGAGACCGUCACAUACACGGAUAAGGAUGGUGUGUGUAAGAGUAAAACUGUGGGUGAGAUAUCAGUCAUUCCCAACAACAUGGAGAAAUUCAUCUCAUUCACAUGGAGACAGUUCCGGUUCAUCGACAGCUGCCAGUUUCUCAAUGCGUCACUCGAUAGACUGGUGAAAACGACACCAGAUGAGUCAUUCACUUUCACCAAGACGUUGCCAAACCAUCAGCUGUUGAUGAGGAAAGGAGUAUACCCCUAUGAGUACAUGAACAGCUUCUCCAGGUUCGAUGAGACUCAGCUACCAGCACAGAGUAAGUUCUAUUCUUCUCUGUCUGAUGAGGGGGUGAGUGACGAUGACUACAAACAUGCUGAGACAAUGUGGAUGAAAUUCGACUGUCAGACUCUUGGUGAUUAUCACGACUUGUAUCUCAAGACCGACGUGUUUCUCUUGGCUGACAUCUUUGAGAAUUUCAGAGUAGAAGCUGUCAGAACGUAUCAGCUGGAUCCAGCAAAUUACUACACUCUGCCUGGAUUUGCCUGGGAUGCUCUGUUGAUGUACUCAGGUGUGUCCUUGGAAUUACUAACAGACUAUGAUCAGCAUUUGUUUGUAGAAUCAGGAAUGAGAGGCGGUGUGUCGAUGGUCUCACAACGAUAUGCUGCUGCUAAUAAUCACUAUCAGGAGAAAUUUGAUGUUGAUCAGCCAUCGUCAUUUAUCCAGUAUCUCGAUGCCAACAAUCUCUAUGGUUGGGCAAUGUCACAGCAUCUCCCAGUGUCUGAUUUUCGGUGGGAGAAACCAUCAGAGAAACUCCUGAACAAGAUACUGAACACUCAAGAUGAUUCCUCAUCGGGGUAUAUCGUCGAGUGUGAUCUGGAUUAUCCACACGAACUUCAUGAGGAGCACAACGAUUAUCCCGUUGCUCCGGAACGUCUUUCCGUCAAUGAGGAUAUGUUAUCUCCAUACCAGCAGGAGCUUGUUGAUAAACUCAAUUCUUCAGGAGUAGAUGCUCUCAAACUUGUACCAAACUUGAGGGACAAGACAAAGUACGUUCUCCAUUACCGAAACUUGAAACUCUACACUCAGCUCGGACUACGUUGUGUCAAAAUUCAUCGUGCUCUGAAAUUUACUCAGACACCGUGGAUGAGAAACUACAUCGAGAAGAAUACAGACCUCCGGAAGAAGGCACAGGAUGAUUUCUCUAAGGACUUCUAUAAACUGAUGAACAAUGCGGUGUUCGGGAAAACUAUGGAGAACGUUCGGAGGAGAGUCAACAUAAAAUUGCUGAGAAGUCGUGAGGAGAAAAAAAUCAAACAGCUUGUUGCCAAACCAACGUACAACCGCCAUGUGAUCUUCAACGAUGACCUGGUCGGGGUACAAAGCAACAGGACAAAGGUCGUCCUCAACAAGCCCAUAUAUGUUGGGAUGUCGAUUUUGGAUCUCUCAAAGACACUCAUGUAUGACUUUUACUACAAUCACCUGAAAGUGAUGUAUGGCUCUGAUGUGAGACUCUUGUACACCGAUACAGACAGCUUGGUUCUUCAUUUCUUUACUGAUGAUCUGUUUGAUGACAUGAGUGAGUUUCUUGAUAAGUAUGAUACAAGCAAUUAUGAUCAAUCACAUCCGUUAUAUUCCGAGAAAAACAAGAAAGUUGUUGGCCUGUUCAAAGAUGAACUCGGUGGGAAACUGAUCACUGAGUUUGUAGGACUUCGCUCCAAGAUGUACAGUUACUCUGGUGAGGAAAGUGGAAAAAGAGGAAAGGGGGUGAAAACAGCAGUGCUCAAGAAAACUAUCACACAUGAUGAUUUCCGAAAUUGUCUCUUGGAUCAAUCCGUUUUCCAUCGAGAAAUGACAACACUCCGGAGUCAUAGUCACGUUAUUUUCGGAGAAACGGUUAAUAAGAUAGCCUUAUCACCAUUGGACACAAAACGAUACAUCACAGAAGAUGGAUGUAGCACGUUAGCGUUCGGGCACCAUGAAAUACCAAGAUAUCUGGCUGAGGAGGGGUUUGAUAGCAGCAUUUCAUUCAUGAGUUAUGCUCCGGAUAUGAUGAAGCAGUUUGUCCAGUGA